AUGGGACGAAGACCGGUUAUUGCUGCGGUGACAUCAGCAAGCGGUAUUCAUUGUUCAAGGGCCGAGGAUAAGCCGGGCGCCCAGGUAAACACCAAGGAAAGGGCGCUGGUGGCGGCGACUGGGGAUGUGCUCACGGGUGGCGCGGUUUCUGACUUGCUACUCGGCGUGUUUUGCAUGCCGUUCACACUGGUGGGACAAGUUCUGAGAAACUUCGUGUUUGGUGGAGCGAUGUGCAAGCUGAUUCCGUAUUUUCAAGGAAACGUUUCUAAUAAGUUAAUAUUCAAAGAAAUGUUAGUUAAUGAACAUGUUCGUUUAUUUAGUAGAACAGUGCAUUUUGUAUGGUGGGAUAAAAGUGAUGCUAUGAUCCUUUUUCAUCGCAUCACGUUACAACCGCGACGAGGAACAAUUUUACUCCGAUCUGAGGCCUUUGAAACUUCCUCGCCAUCAAAGGACAAAUUGACGAGGCUUCUUCGAGAAUCGAUACGCCAUCUCCGCGUGCAGCCGCCGCGAGAUCAGUUUCUGCCACGCGCCGCGCCGCUCAUCUACUCCCACGCGGAGGCGGAGGAAGGAAAGACGGUGGAAGAGGAGAUGGAGGAAGAGGAUGCCGAAGAAAGGGAGACGGAGGAAGGGGAAGCAGAAGAUGACAAGGUGUACGUGGGCUGGAGGAAGAGGAGUGGGAAGAAGGAAAGCCGGAGAAAAGAGAUGCGGAGGAAGAGUGGCAGAUGGCAGGGAGGGGAGAAAGGGAAGGCAUGGAGAGCGGAGAAAGGAUACGCAAAGGAAUGGGAGGCGAAGGAAAGGUGGCGGAGGAAGGGUACCGGAGGAUGGGAGGUGGAAAAUGGGAGGUGGAGAAAGGGGGUGCGGAAAAAGGAAACCGGAGGAAGGGAUGGUGGAGGAAGGGGACCCGUAAAAAUAGAACAUGGAGGUAGGUUACACAGAGAAAGGGGUGGCGAGGGAAGGGAAGCCAGAAGAAUGUUGCGGAGGAAGGGGAAGUGGUGGGUGGGGAUUUGGAGAGUGAGAAACCGUAGGAUGGGAAAGAGAAGAAUGGGUAGCGGAGUGGUGGAGAAAGGGUUAGUGACGGCGGAAGGGGAUGUGAAAGAAAAGGUGAGGGAAGAGAGGAUGGUUAGAGUCGGGAAGAGCGGUUGGGUAGGAUCUGGUUAA